AUGCCUUGCCACCUCCCCGCCGCUUGGCUGGGGUCGGAGGAGGGCAGCGAGGAUGAGGAGCAGCAGGAGAGCGAUGAGGAGGAGGCGCCCGAUGCCGUGCCUCUCAAGAUGAAGCAAGGCGGCAGCCGCAGGUUGAGGCGGAUGCUUGAUGACGAGGCGGAGGAGGGCAGCGAGGAGGAGGAGGAGGGCGAGGAGAGCGAGGAGGAGCAGGUGGCAAAGGGCGGGGGCGUGCGUCCCAUCCCCACCAACGGCCGCCUGGUGCAGUACCAGGGUUUCCAGGACAGCUCCGAGGAGGAAUCACUGUCUAGCGGUGAGGAGGAGGAGGAGGAGGAGAGCGAGGAGGAGAAGCCUGCGCCUAAGAAGCAGCACCAGCAGGCGCAGCCGCAGAAGCAGCAGCAGCAGGCAAAGGGCGCCAAGCGGCCGGCAGCGGAGCAGCCGGCAGCGGCCACCGCCAAGACGCCGCAGCCGGCCAAGAGGGCCAAAGCUGAGCAGAAGCAGGCGCCUGCCACCGCGCCCGCCAAGGUGGCUGCCCUCAAGGCGGUGGAGGCCAAGGCUGCUGCUGCCGCUGCGGCGGCGGCAAAGACGCCUGCGGCUGGGGCCAAGGGCCAGGCCACCCCCGCCAGCGAGAAGGACUUUCUGGAGGCGCUGCAGGCGGCGCUGCGCUCAGCGGGAGGCCCCCUCAAGAUGGCGGCGCUGGGCGCCAAGGUGAAGCGGCCGCCGCAGCUGCCCAAGAUGAAGCACUUCAUCGAGAAGCACUCUGCCGUGUUCAAGUACGACAAGGAGGCGGAUGCGGUGGCGCUGGCGUGA